CCGGCUAAGACACGGCACAGUGCCAUGGCCAGCUCCCAGGUUCAUUUCUACUUUCCUCUGGCCCACUUCCUCAUCUUUGUCUUCGUGACUUCCACCAUCGUCCACCUCCAGAACAGAAUUGUGAAGAUUCAGUCCCCACCAGAGAAGCCCGCAGGAGAGCCAGCAGCCACAGAGAGGCCAGGGAGCAGCCAGCCGCAGGGCAUGUUCACCAUCAAUUCCAUUGGCCGCCUGGGGAACCAGAUGGGCGAGUACGCCACCCUGUUUGCACUGGCCAGGAUGAACGGAAAGCCCGCAUUCAUCCCCGCAUCCAUGCACAGCACCCUGGCGCCCAUCUUCAGGAUCAGCCUCCCGGUGUUGCACAGUGACACGGACAGAAAGAUCCCAUGGCACAACUACCACCUCAACGACUGGAUGGAGGAGCGGUACCGCCACAUCCCGGGACGCUAUGUGCGCCUCACAGGGUACCCGUGCUCCUGGACCUUCUACCACCACCUGCGCUCAGAGAUCCUGCAGGAGUUCACCCUGCACGACCAUGUGCGUGAGGAGGCCCAGACCUUCCUGCGUGGCCUGCGGGUGAAUGGGAGCCAGCCGAGUACGUUUGUGGGUGUCCAUGUGCGGCGGGGGGACUAUGUGCAUGUCAUGCCCAACAUUUGGAAGGGCGUGGUGGCUGACCGGGGUUACUUGGAACAGGCCCUGGACAGGUUCCGGGCACGCUAUCGGUCUCCGGUCUUUGUAGUCACCAGCAAUGGCAUGGCCUGGUGCAAGCAGAACAUCGAUGCCUCCCGAGGGGACGUGGUGUUCGCUGGCAAUGGAAUUGAGGGUUCGCCAGCCAAAGACUUCGCACUCCUCACCCAGUGUAACCAUACCAUCAUGACUAUUGGGACCUUCGGGAUUUGGGCUGCCUACCUGGCAGGUGGUGACACCAUCUACCUAGCCAACUAUACCCUUCCAGAUUCUCCCUUCCUCAAAAUUUUUAAGCCAGAGGCCGCCUUCCUACCUGAGUGGGUCGGCAUCCCGGCAGACCUGUCCCCACUCCUUAAGCACUAACACAAGCCUGUCCUUGCUCCCGCUUCCAUCUCUAGGCAGGAGGAGCUACGUGUUACGCUCACAGA